AUGGGCUCCCUGGGCAGUCGGAUUCAGGCGGCGUCGGCCGGGGACGCCGAGGCCGCGGAGGGGUCGUGCGCCAGCGUCGGGCGCGGCUGCGACUGCAGGAAGAGGAAGCGCAGCUCGCCGUGCCAGUGCGACAGCGAGGGUGAGGAGGAGGACUGCCUGCUCAACACACCGCGCAGGAAGAAGUUGAAAAGCACAUCCAAGUACAUCUAUCAGACGCUUUUUCUCAAUGGGGAAAAUAGUGACAUCCAGAUCUGUGCGCUGGGGCAGGAGUGGAACCUGCACAAGGUCUACCUGUGCCAGUCGGGCUAUUUCUCCAGCAUGUUCAGUGGCUCCUGGAAAGAGUCGAGUAUGACCACCAUUGAGCUGGAGAUUCCUGACCAGAACAUUGACACUGAGGCCCUGCAGGUGGCCUUCGGCUCGCUGUACAGGGACGAUGUCCUGAUCAAACCCAGUCGAGUCGUCAGCAUCCUGGCCGCCGCCUGCAUGCUCCAGCUGGACGGUUUGAUUCAGCAGUGCGGAGAAACCAUGAAGGAGACCAUCAACGUGAAGACCGUGUGUAGCUACUACUCCUCCGCUGGCAUGUAUGGGCUGGACUCGGUCACAAAGAAGUGUCUGGAGUGGCUUCUCAACAAUCUUAUGACCCACCAAAAUGUGGAGCUUAUGAAAGAACUAGGGGUGGUGGUGAUGGAGCAGCUGGUGCAGUCCUCUGAUCUCUUUGUAAUGCAAGUGGAGAUGGACGUCUACACCGCCCUGAAAAAGUGGAUGUUUCUCCAGCUCUGUCCAUCCUGGAAUGGCCAUAUUAAGCAGCUCCUCUCUGAUGCCGAUAACUGGAUCUGCAAGCGGAGGAGUGAGCUGGGGGAGGAGGAGGCUUUCCUCUGCACCGAGCAGGGGGCACCGUUCGCCCCCGUCUUCAGGCAGGUGCGACUGCAGUACAUCAUCAAUGACCUGGCCUCUGCCCGAAUCCUCGAACGGGACAACAUCCUGCCUCAGGACUGGCUGUCGGCUGUGUACAAACUCCAGUGGUUCGCCAUGCUGCGGACAGAACACGACAACGACACCGGGCCACAGGAAGCUAACAAGGAUGAGUUUGAUGUGAACAGCAUGCGAUGCGGCAGGAAACUGGCUAAAGAUGGAGAUUACUGUUGGCGCUGGACGGGCUUCAACUUUGGCUUCGACCUGCUGGUGACCUACACCAACCGCUUCAUCGUCUUCAAGAGGAACACCCUGAGCCAGCCGUGCGGGGGGUCGGUUAGCCUGCAGCCGCGCAGGCACAUUGCGUACCGGCUCCGCCUGGCCUCCUUCGACGCCAGCGGCAAACUGGUGUGCAGCCGCUCCACCGGAUACCAGCUGCUCACCCUGGAGAAGGACCAGGAGUACGUGGUGAUGAACCUGGACAGCCGGCUGCUCGCCUUCCCACUCUACGUGUGCUGUAACUUCCUGUACACCUCACCAGCAUCUAAUCGCCGAACCGACGCCCCCGAGCCCGAGAGCAGUGCCCACAGCGUGUCCUGACCCCGGCCACGCUGUCUCAUAACUCCUCCCACUGUGUGCCCUGACUCCGCCCCCGUCUCCUAACUCCUCCCACUGUGUGCCCUGACUCCGCCCCUGUCUAGGAAUACCUGUAGCUGAAGCCCCCCCCCCAACCCAACGCAGUGUUCCCUGUCAUUGUGCACGCAACACAGGAAGAGACCAAGAACCCCAAACACACUUUGCUAACACCUGGGCUGCAGGCUGAGCCCCGGAGCUACACAUGGCUCAAGUGACUGAACUUUCAACUACUUGUAAAGUCUUUGUUGUUUUUUUUAUAAAUCACUAAUUUACUUGAAGGUUUUUUGUUAAUAAUAUUGGUGACCUUUAUUAAUAUAUGAACAGUUAUGACACACUUAUUUCCAAGUAGUAAUAACUCAGUAAUAACUGAUUUUCUUUUUUAAAAAUUAUUAUAUAUUUUCAAAAUGCCUCUACCAGCUUUUGAGGUUCAGUGUAAAUUGUGUAAAUGUGAUGGCUAAAGUUAUUGAGAAGAGACUUGCUGACAGCAUAGCCUAAGAGCUAUUUGGUAUAAUCCUUGUGAUUUUUUUUAUAUAUCAUUGCUUUCUUCGUAUACUGUAUGUUUCCUCACUCGGAAUCUGUAAAAGUAUUGCCAUUUUUGUUGUUGCAACCCAAGGAUGGGAUUUUAUGGAAUUUAUAUGGAUGUUAAUGUAGGGCUGUUACAUUGUGAAUCAUCCAUUUACCCCCCAAUUGUGGAGGCUCAGCAUUUAUUUUGGACUAAGGUAAUAUGGGGAGACAUUUCUGUAAUAUGUAUUUUAUUUUUCUAUGUGUAUACGUUUUAUAAAAAUUGUCGGUUUUGCGGUUUCAUUUUCUAUUAAAGCAGCCAUUUUGUGUUUGUUGAAAA